GCCAAUAAUGACAAGUGUUUUGUGUGAUGCUCAGAGCACAAUCAGUGGGUCGGUGCGAAGCAUCUGAGGCCUUACUACCCCGAAUCUCCCCGGUCGCAUCUCCCUCGGGGUGAUAAUCCGCGCACGCGACGCAAGCUCCGCCCGAGGGCGUGGCCGAGGACUUCCGCAGCACUCCCCCGCACAUCCCCCGCCCUCCGUCUCCGACGACCGGACGAGGCGCCUCGCUAUUAUCCCGGCUUCCUGUCCGCGAACGCUCGCCUGCGCCUCCGAUAUAUUGAUUUGUUUAUUUUUUUCCCGCGCAAACAACGACAAAUAAGACGGACGUAGCCCUUCCGAGUGGCCUCCCGUGACGGUACAAUCGGACGAUCGCGCGGCCUCCGGCCGCGACGCUGCGGGAUGGACCGUGUGCAGAGUGCUAAGCCUUCACCUAGUGCCAAGGAUGGAGCUAUCAAUUAAGUAAAGGGUGGACUUCCGUGGACUGAAGUGCGCCACAGCCACGGCACUUCGAGCAGGAAUCAAAGCUGCAAUGUACGAAAGCAGCUGUUCUUACGCCGGGGCCUUGGAACUGAAACGUAGUGCACUUAAAGAGGAGCCCUGGCCGACCACAGAAUGGCCUCCAUACCGGCUUCACCAAUCAACCUUCGAGCAGCUGAAACAGAGCGUAGAAAAGGCCAAAGCGGCUCUGCAAGAUCGCUCCGGACUGCUGGGCACGGCGACGGCGUUCGGUGACUUCUACGGCGGACAGCUGGGACAGGACGCCACCAGCACCGCCCUCGGCUUCGGCAGGACCACCAGGACAGAGGACUCUAUGCUAGGCGCUAUAGAUAAAAGCAAAGCUCUAGGAUCAGACAAACUGGCCAGUGGUCUUGGAAAGGGCUACUCCACACCGACGCUGUCCGAUUCUCUACGUGCCACCAAAUGUUCAGAUGCCUCAUACAAAAGCACUUGGUCUACACAUGCAUCAUCCCAAGGAUCACAAGGCUAUGGCACCAACUCGUUGUCCGCGAUGUCGAAGUCCUCACUCGACGCGCACGCGCAUCUCCGUCAGCCUGAUCCUUAUCAAAUGUUUGGUCCAACGAGUAGUCGUCUGGCGAAUUCAGGAUCAGGUCAAAUACAACUCUGGCAGUUCCUGUUGGAACUUCUGAGUGACUCGAGCAACGCAGGCUGCAUCACCUGGGAGGGCACCAACGGCGAGUUCAAGCUGACCGACCCGGACGAGGUGGCGCGCCGGUGGGGCGAGCGCAAGUCCAAGCCCAACAUGAAUUACGACAAACUGAGCAGGGCUCUCAGAUACUACUAUGACAAGAACAUCAUGACUAAGGUCCAUGGCAAACGCUAUGCCUAUAAAUUCGACUUCCAAGGGCUAGCGGCGGCCACACAACCGGCGGCGAGCGAUCCGGCAUAUAAAUAUCAAAGUGAUCUUUUCAUGAGCUCUUACCAUCAUUCGGCAAAGCUCUCGUCAUUCAUGGCUCCCCACGCAGCCAUGCCGACAUCAACAGCGUCGAUUUUCCCGUCGGCGUCGUGGAGCAACUGGGGCGGUGGGGGGAGCAACCUCUACUCCCCCCACUCUAUGGCCCCACCCCACGUGACGUCGCAUCUGGGCUCGUAUCCGCACUACGCAUGACCAGCCAUAUAAUUCGACGAUACACCAAACGACGACAGUAAUAUGGAUACACUUUUUGUUAAUUAUUAUUUAUCAAUUUUUACGCUUCUCUUGUCUAUGUACCUACGGUUAACUUUUAACUCGUUAUUAGCUAUAUUUUGCCAAACACUUGUUAUAUUGCCCUCGAGGACGGUUCUCGGUGCACCUGGUCUGUGGUAUUGAUAAGGUUCAAUUGACUGGAAAACAAACAAAAACCUUAGCAAUUAACCUUGUGGGGGGGAAAUUAGCGACAAUGUAACGCUGUUGACUGUGAAGGGUAUUUUGUAUAUUGUAAGAAUUAUAUGUAAAAUAAAUGUGUAUUUAUUCCUUUGACUUAUUGGACUAGGAAAAGAAUACAAAUCGAUCCUCGGCUCGCAAAUAAACUAAUUCGAAUCCACAACCACUUGUUCCAAUAAAUAAUUGAUUCCUACAGCUAACUAUGCAACCAACAAGAAUGUAAAAUUAUGGUUUUCGUUGAGAUUAUUUACGCGGAAGGUCUCUGUAAUUCAUAUUUCCAUUGCGUAUUUUGAUUGAGCUGAAAAUAAUUUUGCGGUUACUCUUCUUACAUUUUUGUUUUUAUGUAAUGUCUAUAAUCAAACCGCCUAAAGACGAGUAAAAAGACAAAAAGUUAUGGUUGCCAACUUCCCUACUAGUUAAAUUGUUUUAUUGUGAGAAAAGAUAAGGAGUGAAUUGUGAAACGCAAGACUAGUCUUUUAUCAAAGAAUGUUGUAAAUAAUAGAUACUCAUUAAUUAAGUAGAAUUAUUUAUUUAGGAUUACAAUAAAAUUUUAAUGGUAUUAUUUUUUAAUGUAUAAAUUGAAUAUCGUGUAGGUAAAGGAAAAUAAGUAAGUACGUAUUCGCGCGUAUAUCGAUAGACUUCAGCAGGUUCCGAAGUGGCGAUGACUUGGUUUUGGGGCGCAACGACGUAAAGGUAAUUUGCAAGAAGUUUAUAAAGACACUGGAACUUGCACCACAAAUAUGAAGCAUACUCGUUACAGUGCAACCUUGAAUUACGGGCUUGCAUUUAUUGCCGUCGGUUUCUGGAAAAGGAUACACAGUACAUCUCAGCUAUUAGGCUGUAAUAGCUUCAAAAUAGCUAUUAAAUAAGCUGCAAUGUAAUAAAUGCGUGCCAGUCAUUUAAGGUCUAUUUUCUUUGCUUCAGAUUUCUGUUCUAACAACUUCCAGUGUUUUAUAAGCUUCUUUGACAAUUCAUUGAAAUAGUUGUUGCAAGAUGUGACAAAAAUAUUUCGGUAACUAUACCUAACUACUGACGACGACCGCCUCACGCUGUAAUGUUUGGUUGGUGAUAUUGUAGGUACCUAGUCAGUAUUGUAUUUUAAACA